AGCUCCAAGUUCAUCGACUGAGGGGACCAGAGACCGGGACUGGCGCGCGUGCGCCCAUUUCCGGUUCUGACGUCAGCCGGUCUGAGUCAGUGCGUGGCCGAUUGUUGUGACGGAGCAGCCUGUGGAAGCUGGAAAAGGGAUUUUCUGGAAAGAUCGUUCCGCCGUUUCUGGAGCAAUAUGUAAGCGGGCGACAACAGCAAAAUCAGCGACAAAAAAAAAGAGAACUCGCACCUUCCUUGCGCUUCCACUCUUGGUUCCCCCAGCAGUUCAAACGGGAGACUUUCCGAGGAAAGAGAGAAGAGUCUGUGGGGCGGGCGAGCCUGCUCCUAUCUGAGAGACUCGGAAAGUUUGUGAGCGGGAGAGACUGGUCGAGCAGGCCGCACAGUACACAACACAACAAGGGUUCAGGAGGCUCCUUCGUCCAGCCAUCUCCUCCGACCGGCUCGGGAGCGUUUCGCUGUUUAAUUCCCCGUUGACCUCCUUUAUUUUCAGUGAGGAAGAAAGAAGAAACAGAAAGAUCUAGGUUAUAAAUGCGGUUCGGAUCCAAAAUGAUGCCUAUGUUUCUCACUGUGUACCUGAGGAACAAUGAUCAACAUUACACAGAGGUACCAAUCACUCCAGAUACCACGUGUCGAGAUGUUAUUGGUUAUUGCAAAGAACCAGGAGAGAGAGACUGUUAUUUGGCUGAGCGUUGGCAUGGUGCUGAGCGUGUCAUAGCAGAUAAUGAGCGUAUAUAUGAUAUUCUACAACAGUGGGGUGUUCAAAGAAAGGAUGUUUGUUUCUAUCUGCGCCAUGAGCGUCCACCGAGCACAACCAGGGAUGCAGGCUGUCUGAGACUCCAAGAUCCAACGCUGAAGAGAAAUCGAGCCCAGGGUACUAUGGAUAGACAGAUGGAAAAUGGUGUCAGUGGGCCACGUAUGGACAUGACGCUUGCGGAACUACAGGAGAUGGCAACUCGGCAGCAACAGCAGAUUGAUUCCCAGCAGCAACUUUUGGCAACAAAGGAACAACACCUGAGAUACUUGAAACAGCAGGACCAUCGGGAGCAACAGGCAGCAGAGCAAGAGAAGCUACAAAAGCUUCGUGAGAUUGCUGAGUGCCAGGAAGCCAAAUUGAAGAACGUAAGGUCUCUUAAAGGGCAAGUGGAACAAAACCGACUUAGCAAUGGAAAGCUGGUUGAGGAGAUUGAACAGAUGAAUAGUCUCUUCCAACAGAAGCAGAGAGAGUUAGUUGUUGCUGUUGCGAAGGUGGAGGAGCUCACCAGGCAACUAGACAUGUUGAAAAGUGGAAAGAUUGAUGGUUAUCAUGACAACCAAUCUGUUGUCGCUGAGCUUGAUAGACUCUACAAAGAGUUGCAGGCAAGAAAUAAACUAAAUCAAGAGCAGAAUGCAAAGCUUCAGCAUCAAAGAGAGUCCUUAAACAAGCGUAAUUCUGAAGUUGCAUCAAUGGACAGACGUAUUGGGGAUCUGCGUGAGCGCUUGUGGAAAAAGAAGGCAGCAUUACAACACAAAGAGAAUGUGCCAGUUUCAUCCGACAAGAAUGUCCCUCAACAAGCAGUAUCUUCUGCACCCAGCCGAGUAGCUGCAGUUGGACCCUAUAUCCAGUCGUCCACCUUGCCUCGUGCCCCACAGAAACUUGAACUUCUGGUAAAGCCAGCCUUUCCCAAUGGAUCAUCUACUCUACCGAAUGUGCAAGUGCAUGCAGUGAAUGCUCAGACUCCUGUGACCAAAUCUGGAGUUUCUCCAGUUAAAACACCUGGUGCUUGCAUUGGGUCUCCGACGCCUUUGCAGACGCCACCUCAGACUCUUCCCGAACGGAAUGAAUUGAUUGUUGGUGUCCCUGUUCAUCAACCUGCAGCUUCCUUGAGUACCGGUACCUCAAACUUAGCUAGAGGAGCAUCGAUAUCCAACACAUGUCAAGUGGGUGAUGGUGAUGUUGUGAUGAGAGACAAGAAUGAUAAGCGAGUCCGUUGCUUCUCCAUGUUUGAAUCCAUGGAUCCUCCUACAGGAAUUCCAUCUACUGGAACAUUAAGGAAAAACCAGAGCAGUGAGGACCUUCUGCGGGAAGUUCAGACUGCUAACAAGAAUGUCGUUAAAGUACCACCCCCUGUCCCUUCCAAACCAAAGCAGAUUUCCUUACCUUAUUUUGGACCAUCUAAUUUAGCUGCUAUAGCAGAGAAUAAGCCAGAGUCAAUCACUCAAAAGUUGCCUGGGAAUGUAGGAACCAUAGUCAAUAAGCUGAAACCAACGCAAACUUCAGGAUCACAGCAUUGUGCUUCAAGUAUGCAAAUUCAUUCUUCUCCAGAGGCGCCACCUGCCGCUACAGUACGACCUUUCACCCCACAACCAUCUAAAGAACCUCCACCCCAACCCCUGAAAAAACCAGAGACAGUGGCUGCAAGUUCUAUUUACACCAUGUACACACAACAACAGGCACCAGGCAAAAACUUCCAACAGGCUGUUCAGAGUGCAUUGACCAAAGUACAGACACGGCCUCAAUUCACAAGUGUGUAUGGCAAACCAGUUAUUCCUGGGUCCUCUCAGAAUUACGUAGGAAAUCAGCAUCAAAAUGACCAGGAGAUUAGUAGUACACAUUCAAAGAGCCAAGAUAAACCAGAUGGUCCUGAUUCUGAGACUGAUAAUGCUGCAUCUCCAGCAGACCAUUCGGAGACUGAACGCAUUCCACGACCACUGAGCCCCACGAAGCUCCUGCCUUUUAUGUACAAUCCAUACCGAAAUCAGAGUGAUGCUGACUUGGAAGCAUUAAGGAAAAAACUGUCCAACGCUCCCAGGCCACUGAAAAAGCGUAGCUCAAUUACAGAACCAGAGGGACCAAAUGGACCUAAUAUUCAGAAGCUGCUGUACCAGCGCACGACACUGGCUGCUAUGGAGACUGGUAGCCCAAUGCCAUUCUACCAGCCAAAACAACCUGCUCUUUUAUCUGCAGAAGCGAAUGUUGUUGAUGAAAGCACAGAUCACGGUAUUAAACAAGAGGAAGACUCUCCAGCUGUAACAAAUAUUCCUUCAGAUCAGUCUGAACUAAUUCUGAAGAAGGAAGCUGAAACUUCAGAUGCUGAAGAACAUGUUUCAUCUUCUCCACGUGGUUCUUUUCUGGAGGGACAGAUACCAACAUCUUCUGUUCUAUCUUCUGUGGAAGAGCACCAAAGUGAAGAUAGCCCACACUCUUCAGAAGAAUUAACAGACGAAUAUCCCCCAUACCCCCCACCUCCAUAUCCUAUUACUGGUGAACAGGAGAAUGUAGGAGAUGAUACUUUUAAUAUGCGCGCACCUGAAAUUACUGGACAUACCAUCUUGCCACCUGGAAAGAGGACAAAUCUGAAAAAGCUAGGCUCAGAACGUAUUGGUCAUGGAAUGAGGGUUAAGUUCAAUCCUCUAGCACUGUUGCUUGAUUCUUCUCUGGAAGGGGAAUUUGAUCUAGUCCAGCGCAUUAUUUAUGAGGUAGAGGAUCCUAGCCAAGCAAAUGAUGAAGGAAUUACAGCCCUACAUAAUGCUGUCUGUGCAGGUCACACAGAAAUUGUGAAGUUCUUAGUACAGUUUGGGGUAAAUGUUAAUGCAGCAGAUAGUGAUGGAUGGUGAGUUGGAAAAUAAAUAUGGUUGAUAUUUGUUGAGUCGCAUGGUUAUUUAAUUCCAAGUGUAUAAUCACAUUUUGUACAACAGCUGGAGCAUGUUCUUUCAGCAUUGUGGGGGACUGUUUCUCAAAAUACGUUUUUUAUCAGAAAACUCAGUAGCUUAACAGAAUUACAUUGAAUUUCUAAACAAUAGGUAGUGCUUGAAGAUAUAAAAUAUAGUAAAUGAAAUAUGUUUGGAGAAAAUAGUUCUUUUAGUUAUUGCAUAUGGUUUGAAUUUUCCUUCAGUUAUUCUCUCACGCACCCCAUUCAUUUUAUGGUUACAAUUAUUGCAGAAUUGAACAUUAUGAACAGAUGGUGGCUUCUUUCAUAAUUGGAUUCAUGUCAGAAUUGCUGAACUAAGAGUAUUCAAUUCUUACCUUGUGUUAAUAAAGCCAUCUCCUGAUAUCUUUGUGAUAUCUUUUCAUUAUUGAAAAUAUGCGGAAGUAAUUUUUAUGCACUGUUAAUAUUUUAGGAGAAAGCAUGUGCAAUUGUUUAAAAAGCCCGUUUCUACCAUUAAAUAAUUCCAGAUAAUAAAACCUAUAUUUUAAUAGUUAGGUACAUGGAAGCAAACUGUUCAUGCUCACAAGUUGAUUUUUCCAAGGGGUCCAAAACUGUACUUGAUUUUGAUUAUUUUUAGAUUUGUUCGUCUGUAUGCGCACUUACCAAUCAAAAUUCGAUAGAGAAACAAGCUUUUGCUUCUCCUAAAAUGUAAUUUAAACUCUGUACUUAAGGCCAACUUAUUUUCGGUGUACACUGUCAGAAUUUUUGGAGUAUUUAAUUUAAUCAUGUUAACUUUUGCUUCUCAUUUGUAAGGGAGAAAAUAAAAUCUGCUAAUAUUGA